AGCACCAUGCUCCGACGGCUUCUGGAUCGGCCCUGUACUUUGGCCCUCUUGAUCUGUUUCCAGUUUGCCUUCAUGGCAUAUUUCUCCUUCGGCGGCUUCCGGAACCUGGCCUCCAUCUUUGGGCACGAUCCUAACCCAUCUUUUGAUUACUCCCGGACCCACGACGUCUACACCAAUCUUAGCCUCUUGCCUCUGCAGCCCCGUCAUGGAAACCCCACGGGAUCUCUGCCCUACUGCCCGGAGCGAUCGCCUUAUCUCGUUGGCCCUUUGACUGUGACCUUCAGUCGAGUGCCGACGCUGGAGCAGAUCCAGCAGAAGAACCCAGCUGUGAGCAAUGGGGGCCGAUACCGCCCUUCCGCCUGCGAGCCGCGCUCCCGCACCGCCGUCGUCAUCCCGCACCGCAACCGGGAGACCCACCUCCGUCACCUGCUGUACUAUCUCCACCCGUUCCUCCAGCGCCAGCAGCUGCAGUACGGUAUCUACGUCGUACAUCAGGCCGGGAACUCCACUUUCAACCGAGCAAAGCUGCUCAACGUGGGUGUGAAGGAAGCCCUGAAGGAUGAAGAAUGGAACUGCCUUUUCCUCCACGAUGUGGAUCUCAUCCCUGAGAACGACCACAACCUUUACACCUGCGACCCCUGGAGUCCCAAGCACGUCUCUGUUGCCAUGAACAAGUUUGGCUACAGCCUCCCGUACUCGCAAUAUUUUGGCGGUGUGUCGGCGCUCACCCCAGAUCAGUAUCUGAAGAUCAAUGGCUUCCCCAAUGAGUACUGGGGCUGGGGAGGGGAAGACGAUGACAUUGCCACAAGGGUGCGUCUGGCUGGCAUGAAGAUCUCGCGGCCUCCCGUCUCCGUUGGCCACUACAAGAUGGUGAAGCAUAAGGGUGACAAGGGAAAUGAGGAGAACCCCCACAGGUUUGAUCUGUUGAUCAGGACGCACCGGGCCUGGACUCAGGACGGCAUGAAUUCCCUCUCUUACACGCUCCUGUCCAAGGAACUCCUUCCCCUCUACACGAACAUAACGGCCGACAUCGGUACCAACCCCAGAGCCAACAAGGGCGGCAAGGGCUCCUUGCCCAGCCUGGGUGGGAGGAACUACCCAACCGGCAGCAACCACAACUUCCGGCAGGAGAUGUUACGCAAGACCCCCUUUGCCAAACUCUCCCAGGCCAUGGGUUGGGGGGAAGCGACAACCCCGGCUGUGGGGCGGAAGGAACAGCCAGGUUCGAAAUGGAAGAACCCAAAACCAAAUCUGGUGAUGGAGAAAGAGGGGAAUGAGUCCCAUAAUACAACCAGCAGCAACUUCAGGCAGGUGGUCUUACGAACGUCCACGCCCAGCCUGGAGGCUCCGAAGCGAGGAGCAGAGGAGGCCGGGAGAGGAAAUCGGCUCCCGGGAGCCGACGAGGCGGAAAUGGACUCCACCAAAAUAUUGGCCGCUGGUGCGGCCUUCGACUCGAGACUCCGGAGGCCGUCGGACAAUCGCACUGACCUGCAAAGGGCUAACUAG